AAUUGUUAAAUGAAUUAAAAGUAUUAAAGUUGGGAUGAACCAAAAGCACAGGUGCAGCUGAGGUGGAGACGACUCUAGCAUAUAUAAGUCUGAUGGGUCACAGUACAGAAGGACAGUGAAGACUGAGGAACAUCCGAAGACAACAAAACAUCCAAUAACAAAACAUCUGAUAUCAGAGAUGAAGAGCGUUCUCUCAGUGAAGAUGUUGGCGGCGUUGGCUCUGGUUCUGCUGGUGUCCAGUGCGACUGAGGGACGGAUUCUCAGGAAAUGUGAGCUGAAGAAGCAGCUCGAGGAGGCUCAGAUUCAGGUGAUUAGAGCCAUGGGAGACAAAAUGACCGUGGAUGAUCUCAUCGCUAGACUUGUCUGCAAGGCCAAUGCCUCGGGCUUCAACACCAGCUUUGUCAAAGCCAUCGCCGCCAAGCCUAAAGAGAACGAGAUCCACUCUUUUGGGCAUCAAAAGCGGCGGCCCGUCUGGCAGCUGUACGGUGUGUUUCAGCUCAGUGAUCAGCAGGCCUGUGAUUCUGGCAUGAUGCCAUCGCUCAAUGUCUGCAAAAUGAGCUGCUCUGCUUUGAUUGACGAUGACGUCACAGAUGACAUCGCCUGCCUGAAGGCCGUGAUUGGCAGCAUUAAACCUAAACCCAAAAACGCCUCUGAUAUCACUCUUCCACUUGUAACGUUGAACACUAUUUUGGUGAAGGAGUGUCGCUUUGUGGUUCCCUCUCGUUAUUUCGCUGAGUGUCUGACAGCAACAACACCAAUUGCUGAUUGA